CUUAAUCUUGUUCUUUACAACGGCCUAAUAUUGUUUGAUAGGAUUAAGUUCAGGGGAAUAAGAAGACAGCAAACAUACAUACUUUUAGUCAUAGAAUAAAAUGAAUUACUUGAUAUCUUUUGAGUUGUGAAUAAGUGCAUUGCCCAUGAUUAAAUAAUAACCUUCCAUUACGGGAGAUUUACUCAUCUAAUACAUCUUUGAUAAAGUGAAGGUAAUGAUAGAUAAUAGUACCUUUAGCUGCUCUAGAAACUGGUCUACUUGCUAACGUUCAACAAGUUGAAGAAUACAGGAAUUGUUAUGAGCGAUAGGCCAUAAAAUCUGAAGACUAGUUUUUAAAGGCCUUAUAGUAGAUAUAGAUAUAUAAUAGAAAUAUAUCUCCAUGGUUGUUAUGAGUUUUAAACGUCAAGUUGCUGUAACUUCAUCUUUACCCUGCUACAAAAUUGCUGAAAGCCUAAAUAUGAAUAAUAUGGUUAAUCUUCAUGAAUUAUAUAGUAUUCGUGCUGCUGUAGAAUCAGAUAUUCCUCAAAUUUUAGACAUUUAUAAUGAGCGAGUUCUUAAUUCGACCUGUUUAUUCAUGUACAAUCCAGUUUCUCUUGAUAAUCGUUUAACUUGGUUUAUGGAAACUAAAGCAAAAGGAUAUCCUAUCAUUGUUGCCGUUGAUAGGAAAACAAAUAAGGCUAUUGGCUAUGCUUCUCUUAGUAACUUUAGACCUCAUACUGCCUAUGUUUUGAGUUCGGAAAUUUCAUUAUAUAUUCACCAAAAUCAUCAACGUAAUGGAUUGGGAUAUACUUUACUCAAAGAAAUGCUGCGUAUUGCAAAUGAAAUGAAAUUAAAGAGUGUUAUUGCCAGCAUUACAUCCGAAAAUGAAGGCUCUAUCCUCUUGUUUUCUAAAUUUGGAUUUAAACAUGCUGGUAUUUUUCAUAACGUUGGAUACAAAUUUGGUAAAUUUUUGGAUGUUACCUUUCUAGAGUAUAUUACGGAUGCUCAAGUAGAAGAAAACAAAAUGGUGCCUUCAUUUGUGCCCUUUAAUUGGAACAGUUAUGUAUAUAAUGGUGGCGAGUAA